GCAAGCGGUUCAAGCCCCAAAUUGAGAACGGGAUCUACGUGAACGGAGGUUACGUGGUUAUUUCUACGCGUCAGGCCAUGCCGCAAGGUGUUGGAUACAACUCAACCGAGUUGGAGAAGUGGACGUCAUUGGUGGUCGAACGUUGUGGCGAAAAACUGGCCAGAGUCUUUAAAAGCUUCGGACCACUUUUGCUUGAACGGCUUCAAGAGAAUUUCAACUACCAAAUGUCGCGCCUUCCUGAUAUGGACCCAGACCUUGCUUCAAUGGCAAGAAGUAUGACCUUGUUUGAAUUUUGGCUCCUUGCAUACGGUCAGCUAACGGUACAAUCUCGAGCGCAUCCCGAACUGGCCUGUCAUGGUGUACUUUGCGGAGAACAAUGGAGACCCGAUCAGGUCCGAGUAGCUGUAGAUGACGGUGCGCCGUGCUCCCGUGAAGGACGAAGUGGUACGUGCGAAAAUGGCGUGUGUACGUACGACCGAAAUGCUCCUCAGGCAUCGCUUUAACAGCAGCGGCAGCAGCAUCUCGCUAUGGCAACCAAUUCGUUAUCGGAGCCAGCAUAAUUCGGCAUAGUCGGCAAAAACCACGCUACCUGUGUGAUUUAUUUGAUGGCGGGCUAAGAUGGUGCACACCGCUAACAACUGUAGUGUUGCCAUUUACGCACAAGCUAC